CAAGUGUCAGGGCCCAGGUGUGAUUGCAUUAGGGUGCAGAGCUUAGUAAGUGUUUAUUUUGCCCUGGAUAUUUACAGUGUUGUGUUGACAUACGUUAAAAAAUAUUCCCCGACAUUAAUAUGCGUUUCUCUAAUUAGUUUAUCGUGGUUUAUAUGUCUCGAGAACAAGCUAAGUGUUGUACGUGCCGUGUUAUGAAGACGCCGUAGAUCUGAGGAUGCUCAAUUUAAGUGUUCAAAAAUAGAACAGAAGCGUGUUUGGAGCCAGAAUAUUCUAGCGUGCCCGAAGCGUCGAUCGCAGAAAACAGUCAUUGCUUGUGUGUUGAAACGGAAUCUUCAAAAUGACGAAUCUACCGGCAACAGAAAAGAAAAAUAGCGCAGAAGACGAGAAGCAGGCGAACCAGCUGAAGGAGGAAGGCAAUGCCGCUUUCAAGGAAGGCGAAUGGGAUAAAGCAAUCAAUUGUUACACUAGAGCCAUCAAUUUAAUAAAAGGAGAAAGUCCCGACAAAGCUGUCUAUUACAAGAACAGGGCUGCAGUCCACCUGAAAAAAGAAAUGUUCAGAGAGGCGAUGGAUGACUGCACAGCAUCACUCGAAAUUACCCCCAACGAUCCCAAGGCCCUUUUCCGACGCUGCCAGGCAUAUGAAGCAUUGGGACGGUUUGAGGAGGCAUACAAGGAUGCACGACAGGCGCAUACAGUGGACCCGGGGAAUAAAGCUCUGACCCCAGUCCUGGAGAGGUUGCACCGCAUUGUACAGGACCGGCUCAGAGAAAAUGCUCAAACUAACAACAAGGUGUCGCAGAUGAUGAACUACGUGUGCGAUACGAGCACCGAGAAGGAGAAGCGCGAGACGGCCGCCAACAACCUGGUAGUGUUGGCGAGGGAGCGGGCUGGUGCCGAGUGCCUGUACGCGGCCGACGCCCACCGGCGCCUUGCCCAUGUCGCACACUCGGAGCCGAAGGGCAGUGCCGUGUGCCUGGCGAUAAUACGCUGCAUCGGCGAGCUGUGCCGCGACCACGAGGACCGGACGGAUGGCAUUCUGAAGUCGCUGGGCGUCCCCUGGUUCCUCGACAUGCUCAACUCGGCAAAGGAAGAGCAGGUGAACGCGGCCCAGUACAUGAUCCAGACAGUGCUGAACGCUCUGUCCGGCAAUGCUGGGGACCUGGGCUCGAACCCGGAGCAGAAGACUGUGGACCGGCACAAGCAGCAGCUGGACACCGUCCUCUCGUGCCUCGUCUACAGCACCACCAGCAGGUCCAUAACAGGGCAAGCCCGGGAUGCGACGAUAGAGCUGCUGACGCGGAAUGUGGACUACCGAGCACUGGACUGGGCAGAGAGGCUGGUGUCCAUCAAGGGCCUGCAGCGGCUGCUCGAGGUAGCGUCCGAGGUGCCCGAGUGUAAGUACGAGUCGGCCAUGGACAUCACGCCCAACACCCGCACCGUCGUCUCCGUCUGCCUCGCCAAAAUCUAUGAGAAUAUGUACUACGACCAGGCCAAGGAACGAUUUUUGAAUAAUGUUGAUGACUAUAUAAAGGACAAACUACUAACCCCAGACACAGAAUCAAAGGUUCGUGUCGUAGUAGCGCUGACGUGCUUGCUUCUUGGACCUUUGGAUAUUGGAAACACAAUUAUGGGCCGGGAAGGCAUUCUGCAGAUGAUUCUGGUCAUGGCAAAUACAGAUGACGUCUUGCAGCAGAGAGUAGCUUGCGAAUGUAUUGUUGCCGCUGCAUCCAAGAAAGACAAAGCCCGAGCCAUAGUUGCUGAGGGAGUCCCCAUUCUGAAGAAGCUGUACCAGAGCAAGGACCUGGGGGUGCGUGUGCGCGCCCUGGUCGGCCUGUGCAAGCUGGGCAGCAGCGGCGGCACCGACGCCUCCGUACGGCCGUUCGCCGAGGGCUCCACCCAGAAGCUGGCCGAGGCCUGCCGGCGCUUCCUGCUCACCGCCAAAAACCAGGAUGCCAAGCGCUGGGCCGUCGAAGGUCUGUCGUACCUGACUCUGGACGCAGACGUCAAGGAGAAACUGAUCGAGGACCGAGAAGCCCUCCGUGCCUUGUUCGAAGUGGCCCGCUCCGGAGACCAGUCAGUAACGUUCUGCUCCGUGACUGCACUGGUCAACCUGGCCAACGCGUACGAGAAGCAAGAGGUCAUCCCGGAGAUGGUAGAGUUGGCCAAGUUUGCCAAGCAGCACAUACCACAGGAACACGAACUGGACGACCCUGACUUUGUUACCAAGCGUCUGCUGGUCCUCGGAAAGGAGGGCGUGACUUCGGCCCUGGUAGCUCUGGCGAAGACGGACAGCCACAAUGCGCGGGAGCUGAUCGCACGCGUGCUGAACGCGCUGUGUGGGGAGACGGAGCUGCGCGGCAUUGUGGUGCAGCAGGGCGGUGCCAAGGCGCUGCUGCCGCUGGCGCUCGAGGGCUCCGAGCGGGGCAAGCGGCAGGCCUCGCAGGCGCUCGCCCGCAUCGGCAUCUCCAUAGACCCCAAGGUCGCCUUCCCCGGCCAGCGCGUGCUCGAGGUGAUAAGGCCGCUCAUAUCGCUGCUGCACAUGGAGUGCUCAGCUCUGGAGAACUUCGAAGCCCUGCUCGCACUCUGCAACCUGGCGCAGGUCGCGGAGAAUGUGAGGGCGCGCAUUGUGAAGGAGGGCGGCAUCCAGAAGAUCGAGAACUACAUGUACGAGGACCAUACGAUGCUGAGGAGAGCUGCCACACAGGUAAUGACAAACAUGGUGUCAUCACCCGAUGUGGUAAAAAUGUUUGAGGGUGAGAACGACCGCGUCAAGUUCGUGACGCUGCUGUGUGGGGAGGAAGACGAAGAGACGGCAGAAGCAGCCGGGGGUGCCCUAGCAAUGCUCACCUUUGCCAGCAAGAAAGUCUGCGAGAAGGUGUUAAAGGUAACUAGCUGGGUCGAAUCACUCCAGCGACUUUUGGGAGAUCAGAAACCGUCCAUGAGGCUUCGUGGCUGUGCAAUAGUUGCGUCGCUUGUCGAAUCGUCCAAGGAAAUAGCUGAGAAGGCAAUGGAGACAACAUUGCUGGAGGUGCUGAUGGCUUUCUCACAACUGGAAGGAGACUACGGAGCGGGCAACACUGAGGAGGGGAAGAAGGUGCGAGCCGUCGCCACGGACGCACUCAAGACCAUCGAGAACUGGGGCCUCAUCAGGAAGCCCGUCAGCGAGAGGGACGUGGGAGGUGAACCCCCGGAAGAAGACGACUGAGUGGGCUGCGACACCGACAGGGGUGCUGCUGAUCUGACUCUGUCGCUACAGAUUCUUUUGACAUUGAGGAUGCAAAUAAUAAUAAUAUUGUAGUCACAGAAGUUGAAGGCAAAUAGAAGGCACACAGCAGACUGACAAAUCAAGUUACGUAGAAAUGUCCACUUCAUUUCCACGUGGGACAUCCAUAUAGAAUAUUCCACUGUUGUUGUUUUUGUUGUUGCUCAUCACCCAGAAAGUUGGUUUAACAUAGUUCUCCAUUCCUGAUCACUCACCUCUACUCUUCAUUUGAACACAACCACCACAUCCUGCUGCAUUGACAAUCUAUCUGCCUCGUACAUUCUCAUCUACGCCUUCCUUCAACUACGAGUCUAGUCAUGAAGUUAUUGUCAAUAACUGUUCACAGGGUCAUCGUAAAGUUUUAAUUAUCUCUCAAAAAAAGUUACUGAUAAGUAUUUCUAUUUUUGUUUAAUUGGAAGUACAUGUCUGCAGCUCUAGCACACAUUGAAAUGGCGCAACCCAGUGAUAAAGAGGAGAUAAGCUGUGCCAUUUUAUUUUGCGCCUCUAGCUGGGUGCUAGUUCUGUGAUACAGGGAUUUGAACGUGUAUGAGGAAUGCAGACUGGAUCCACAAUCAAUUGAACAAACAAAGAAAUUAAUUUGAAUGAGGACUCCAUCAGAAGUUGCAUGCACCGUGACCACCAAACCUGUAUUGAUAACAAGAGGUUAUUGGUCAUUGACAUAGAAAUCUUUAUUUCUGUGCAAUUUUAUUUCAAUCACUGUCUGACCAUCAUCAGUGUUGUAUGUGUAACAAGAGUAAAAUAAUCAGACUGCACUAUAACAUACUAUACCUGCCCAACUAUAUGCGUAAGAACAUACUGGAGAGAUUUUUUGCAUCAACAUACUUGGUAUUAAUGCCCUGUGGAUUCAUAAAUGCAAGCAGUAAAAUUUCAGUGUCUGCACAUCUCAAUAAAGAGUACUUGUCGGACCAAAAGGUACAAAUGCAACUGGGCUAGCUGCUUACAGGGACCUACGAAGCUAUGCUCAUUGUCAUACUUGGAUGCAGCAGUGCCCUCUUUAAUGAUCAUUAUUAUAGAAUCUCUUAUUAGUAAAAUCAGAAGACAUAAUGAAAUUUAGUAUGUAAUCCACGCACACAACCGGAACCUUCACUGUAAUAAUUUCUAGGAUUAAUAAUAGAAUCAUAAAAAUGACAGUGCUCGCACUCUGACAUGUGUUUUCAGGAAUCGUGUCCUAACGUAUGUGGUAUAAUAUGAACCAGGCUAGAAUAUAGUAUUGCAACCAUUAUAUUAACGUAAUGUUGAAAUAAUUCCAGCUAAACCAAAAGAAUUGUGUUACACUGUUAUGCCCUUUGACAUUAAUUUUUAUACUUGUACAGUUCCGAAUUCCUUGUUGACAGAGAAUGUUUAAAAUACAACUUAGGUAUAAAAAUACCUAUCAAGUAAAAACUUUUAUAAAACCAAAUUACAAAUUAGUCAGAACUUAUAUUUAGGUAGAGUUACUGUACACACAUCCUUUGGCAUUAAUUUUGACACUCAUAUACUUUUGAAUGACUUACAAAAACCAUGUAGAUAUAAACUUAUAUACACCAUCUAAAAGCUUUUAAAACAAGCAUAGAAAAUUCUAACAAUCACAGUUAUGUAAAGUGACGUUGACAUCAUCUAUUUCCAUAAUGCUCUCUUGUUGUUUGAAUCUGAAGCAUUAUUAUUCCCUUUUACUGCAAUUGAGACUUAAUCUGCAGUAGAACAUUACAGCUUGUGGUUAUGAAAUGUUUCUUAUCCAAACACAAAAGGAGAUGAAAUGUAACUGUGUCCAGUCCUCCCAAACAGAUUUUGUUCUUGCACCAUGUUCUGCUGCCUUGGUAUGAUAAGAGAUGAACCAUGUGAACUUUAUUGCCCAUCUGCUGGACUGACAGGUGUAACUUUUUGUAGUCAGCACCACAAGUGAUGCAAAGCACUCCCAAAAGUGGGUGUUUUUCACUGAUGUCUGCUUGUCGAGCAGUGUACACCUUGCCAAGUUUUUACUACAAAAUAUCUCCUUCUCCUCAAGGAGAUCGAGAUAUCUUCCUUUUUCACCCUGGUGCAACAAUUUUAAUUGUGAUGUCACUUCAGGGAGACCAUGGCUAGUAAUAGUUAAAAGUGCCACAAAAAUAUAUUUGUCUGCUAUACCUGUUCUAUCCAAUGCCACAUACUUGCAGAAUCACACUUCGAGUCUUCUUCCAAUUUGCCCAAUAUAAAUGGCAUCCCAUGCAGAACAUGCCAAUCUGUAUAAGCUGAUUCCUGCAGUUGCUCAUAUUUACGAAUGUUAUUAAUUACCAUGCAACUAAACCUAAUGUGCCAUUUUCCACUUUUACUGUUAAGGCGCUUGUUGUAUGUGUGGAUUACAUAUUACAUGUCACUAUUCUUCUAUUUUUAUUAAUAAAACUAACUUAAUUCCUUUGGCCCCUAUGGGGGCAUAGGGCAUCCAGGAGAACUCCCCAUCCGUCUCUGUUUUUGGCCAUUUGCCUCAAUUCUGCCUAGGACUUGCCAACUCUUUUUGCUUCCCCUUCCACUGUCCUCUUCCAUGUGCCCCUGGGUCUUCCUUGUUCCCUGAGGAUUCCAUUCCAAUGCUUUUUUCUUGAUGGACCCAUCUGGUUUUCUCAAUGUUUGCCCUAACCAACCCCACUUUCUCUCUCGUAUCUGGCCUUCUAUAGGUACCUGGUUUGUUAUUCACCAGAGCUCCUCAUUACAUAUUUUUUUCUGGCCACCAAAUAUUCGUGAUGGGUCGGAGACAUCUAUUUGUGGAGCUUUGUUACUGGGAUGUUAUCUUUUUAUCCAUUUUCCAGCUUUCACUGGCAUACAGGACAGCCUUCACAUUUGUAUUAAAAAUACAGAUUUUUGUUUUGUACCUGAUAUUUCUGUUUUUCCAUA